AUGUUGGAAUCCAUUGAACACAAGUUUUCCGCACUUCAAAUGACCGACGACCUCCAGUGGCCACUUAUCACCUCGGAUGGGACACCUCGUCCUCGGCCAAAGAUAGAACACCCGGGCAGAUUCAACGUUGAUUUAGAGUCCGAUGAUGAUGCAGAAGACAGCGCCGUGCGAGAAGAUACCUUGAUUCAAGCUUACUGGACCUCUAUCCGGGAGAAAUAUCGUUCACGACGCCUUGACGUUCAGUCACUUUCGACCGCGGAGACGGGGGACCUUCCUGAGAACUGGAUCAUAAUCAACAUCAAUAUCACAGACGAUAAGAGCACGUUGUUCAUCUCACGACGAGAAGGCGGAGUCGAAGGAAGCCAACCACUGGUUUUCUGCGUGCCUCUGAAAGGAAGGAGAGAUAACGGAGAUGACAAUGAUGAAGACCAUUUGGGUUUCGAUGAUGCUAUUGGCGAAUUGCGCGAGAUCGUAAGGUUGAGUGACGAGGGUACCAAGACAGCCGUCAACAUCAAAUCUGAUGACGAAGAGGCUCGCGCGAAUUGGUGGAAGCUACGGGGUGAUCUGGAUACGAGGUUACGCGAGCUGCUUGAAAACAUCGAGUUUUGCUGGUUGGGAGCGUUCAAGACAAUCCUUAGUCCACGGUCGGAAGCAACUCCCGAAAUGAUUCUGGAUCUCCGGGCGCAAUUCGACAAGAUCUUUCAGCGUAGCCUUCAUGUUAAGGACAAGAAACCGAAGCAGCGGGCAGGAAGCCACAAGAAAACUGCAUCGCAGGCACAGGCACCUAGUCAAAUGACGCUCGACGAUCCGAUUCUCAAGUGUUUCUCCACAUUGUCACCGAAGUGCAAAGAUGAAGAGCUCGAGGAUCUCAUCUACUUCAUCCUGGACCUCUACUCGUUCCAUGGCGUUCCAGUCGCUAUUGCAGAAGUCGAUAUCGCUCAGCUGGUGGUAGACCUUCGGGCUGUGUUGGAAGAACACGCGGCGAAGCUUCGGCAGUGGAAAAAGACGAUCACGGGCAAGACGACCACCUCAUUAGCGAAGGACCAGGACGAACAUUUGUUUUUGGUCCUUGACAAGAAUGUUCAGGGGAUACCUUGGGAGAAUAUACCAAUUCUGAGGGGGCGAAGUGUUAGUCGAAUCCCCAACAUUGAGUUCUUGUACGACAGGCUUGCGUUUGCGAAGUGGAAAAGACAGGGCGAACUUGUGGAGGACGAAUUAAUCACUGGAGCGGUCCUUGAUCCUCGAAAAGGAUACUUCAUUUUGAAUCCCAGUGGCGACCUAGCUCGAACCGAAGGUCGAUUCCGGGAUUGGGCUCAUGGGAUGAAGAAAGCUGGGUGGGAUGGUGUGAUUGGCCAGGCUGUUAGUGAGCAGCAGUUUGUGAAUGCGCUGAAGACGCAGGACUUGGUUGUUUACUUUGGCCAUGGAGGCGGCGAACAGUAUAUCCGAUCUCAUAGGAUUCGAAGCCUCCCGAAAUGCGCUGCAACUAUGCUUUGGGGUUGUUCGUCGGGUGCUCUCCGGGAGUUGGGUGACUUUGAUAGGACGGGAACAUCUUAUAACUACAUGCUCGCUGGGUGUCCUACGCUUGUCGCGAACUUGUGGGACGUCACGGACAGGGACAUCGACAAGUUCUCUCAAUCCGUCUUCGAUAAGCUGCGUUUGACGCCUGCGGAUGUUAGCAAGUGGAAUGAACCCGGAAAGGAACCCCACGUGUCUCCUUCUCUGUCUCUGGUGGCUUCUGUGGCACAGUCGCGGGAUUCAUGCAAGCUGAAGUACUUGACUGGCGCAGCUCCGGUGGUGUACGGUAUACCAUUUUAUCUUUGA